GCCCCCUCCCCUGGAGACCAGACGCAGCGGCCUGGGAGCUGGAGCCAUGACGGCGCGCGGGACUCCGAGCCGCUUCCUGACCAGUGUUCUCCACAACGGGCUCGGUCGCUACGUGCAGCAGCUGCAGCGUCUCAGCUUCAGCCUCAGCCGCGACGCGCCCUCGUCCCGCGGCGCCAGGGAGUUCGUGGAACGGGAGGUGGCCGACUUCGCCCGACAGAACCCAGGGGUCGUAAUAUACGUGAACCCACGGCCGUGUUCUGUGCCCAGAAUCGUGGCCGAAUACCUUAACGGGGCUGUGCGCGAGGAGACCAUUAACUGCAAGUCGGUGGAGGAGAUCACGACGCUGGUGCAGAAGCUAGCAAACCAGUCGGGCUUGGACAUAAUCCGCAUCCGCAAGCCCUUCCACACGGACAGUCCUAGCAUCCAGGGCCAGUGGCACCCCUUCACCAAUAAACCGACAACGUGGGGCGGACUGCGCCCCCGAGAGGUCCAGGAUCCUGCCCCAGCCCAGGUGCAAACGCACUGAACGGUUGCUCCAACUCCAACCCCAAUGAAGGUGGAUCUUUCUAUUUCGAUUCAGGGGAUUACAAGUCCAGGCAGACAGAUGGAGCCCUUGAAAGGGCAAGUUGAUGCCAAAACUUUUGCUUGGGAUAAAGAAGAGCUGCCUAUUUUUGGUGCCCACUGUGAGGGGCAUUGACUUUGUCUCUUAAUUCUUAUCCAGUUGACAUUCCUGAAACCUGAGAGCCUUCUGGGAUCUUACCGGGUACUCCUUUCUGAAAUUCAAAUUGAUACUAGUGAUAUCAAAGGAAGGGUUUGAAGUGUUUCAAGACUGGCUUCUCAAGAAUCCCUGAUGUCCUUUUUCUUUUUUUUUUUCUAAUAUUUUUUUUUUAUUUUAAAGAGAGUGGGGAGAGAGAAAGAAACAUCCAUUUGCUGUCUCCUGCAGGCUCCCUAUUGGGGAUAAACCUGAAACCCAGGCGUGUGCCUCUACCAGGAAUGGAACCAGCGACCUCUUGGUGCAUGGGAUGACGCUUAGCCAUCUGAUCCACACCUGCCAGGGCCCUGAUGUCCUAUUUCUGCAACCACUGAGCUAGAGAGAGCUAUCACCUUUGCUGUGAACCUGGCAUUGGGCUAGGUUGUGUGAAUGUGUACAAAUUAGAAAACAGGUUAAUAAACUUGUUCACAGUCA